AGAGGAGUUCAUCAUUUUUUACAGACACCAUAUGAGCAUUAAGUGUUUGGUGCAAAAACUGAUGUCCAAAAAAGUAUCACCGAAGAGGCUCAGAAUCAUUGCAUGUCCCUCUGACAGUAUCAUCCUCCUAAUGACAAAUGUGACCCCAGGAACCUAAAAAUAAUUGUAGGAUUCACGGUUAUUUCCCAUUCCGCUGCCUAGCACUUUAAGAAGAGGCGGAACUGCGGUUCACCGAGGAGUAAAGAAAAAAAAAACACAAAACAUUUUUCAAACAAACGCCCUCGUGUUUUAGUCAUUUGACAGGACCUGAACACAGAGGAAAACCAUGCUGGGGUAGCUGACAGCCCCGCAGGUACUUUUCAUGGGGCUGUAAUGCGCGCAAAAGACGGUGUUCCACAACCUGAGAGCGCAUUGCAUGGCUUUACCGGCAGACACCGACCACACAGACAAGCGGAAAGACUCCGUCGUCUUGUCGGCACGACAUCCCAGCGUUCAAUUAUGAGGACAUUUUGCCAUCUUCAGUGUGCUUUAGAUGUUUAAAAUGCGUUUUGGCACCGCGCUGGCGCUUCUCGUCGCCCUGGUGUCUCCACUGGGGCUGGAAUGUACAUCAACGUGUCGGAUUGGAAAUCAAACUGGUUAUGUUGAGGGACAGUGUCCUAUGAGUCUAUCCUCAUACUCUUCCCUGGACAAAUGGGGGUAUUACUAUGAGUGUGUCACUGUUCAUGCUUGGAUAAAGGCUGAAGACCUUUUAAGCAAAACUGCGACGGUCGAGAUUCUCAAACCACGGAAAGUGACACUGAGGCCUGUUCUGAGAAAAAGGAACAGAAAGCGUAACAAUAGAACGUAUCAUGAUGGGAGCAGUGUCCUGUGUAAGAGUGGUGCCACGAAUCAGCUCCCACACAGCACCCUGUUCGAGCUGGUUCAUGAAUGUGUCAAGGCUGAAGUUGGAAGUGUAGUUAAUGUGUCUUACAACACAAAAUCAACUCACUGUAGUGACACCUACACAGUUCAAGGUCCCAUGCCAGACUUUGAUCUCUCUGUGGAUCAGUCCUCAAAAUCCAUAAAUGUGAGUGUGAAGCCUCAAGAGGAUGGCAAGCCAGUUUAUGCCAAAUGGUGCUACCAAAAGAAUCCAUCUGACUGCAUGGGGGAGCCAGAUUCCAAACCAGUACCUAUCAAUUCAUCUGAGCCUCAAUCAGCGCUGCUUAACUUCCCUUACCUGCUGCCCUGUGUCUGCGUAGAGGUAUAUUACAUCAACAUACAAGAUGCUUCGCGGCGUAAAAAGUGCCCAUUUCAGAUCAACAGCCUCAUAGAUCUUAGAGAUGUGUGGCGCUCAUCUGAAGUCACGCUGUACGAGUCAAAGGUAACAUGGGGCUCAGAGUGUCCUGCCAACAGCCUGAACAUCUCUGCCUCCCUCUGCUGGAUGCAAGGCGAACACGUCUGCAUACCUGUACUCAACUCCACACUGGACAAGAACGACGCACCAACCCUGGUGUUUAAUACAACUGCUGUGGACAAACACCCCCAGAUGUGUAUGCGGUUUUCUCUACAAGACAGCCAUAAUAUCACCUGCCUCUUCAAAAGCGAUAUGUCAACUUGGGAGGUAAAUAUUGGACCAGGCAGGCAGAGCAUAUUAGUGUAUCUUACCUCUUCAUCCCCGGCAAAGUUCUCAGCUCAACUGUGUGUCCUCACUAAGACGGGAUGUACACCAGUGGGACUGACCCAUUCAGUAACAAUGGAUGGAAAUACCAAGAAAGAGAAAACGAUGAAUUUGCCCCUUCACUCUCCUGCAGAGAAACCGUGUGUGCAGGUGUGGCAGUCAGAUCCUGCUCUUCAUGGAAAGAGAAUUCUGUGCCCAGACUACACGCACAACAGAAGUGGCCUAUAUGCAGUGGCAGCUUUGAUAUUUGUAGCUGUUGUUGCAUUAAUGGGAAUUUUCAUCCACCGUGUUACUAAGAGUGGGACUGCAGGCUGGCUGUACAUCCAGAAGCCAUUGUUGUUGGUGUGCUCAUCAGAUCAACCAGCCCACGUCUCUGCCGUGUGUGCGUUUGCUUCAUUCCUUCAAGGGGAACUAGGUGCCACCGUGCACACAGCUCUGUGGGCCCAGAACUCCCAAAGGCAGGUCGGGGCUGAGGCUGGUGUGGCGGAUCUGGGUCCACUUCCCUGGCUGUAUGGGCAGUGGGAAGCUGUCGGUAAGGCACAAGGAAAAGUGCUGAUCGUUUGGAGCCCUGAAGCCAAGAAGACGUACGAGAAGUGGAGGGAGGAGAGGGUGAACGUGGAUGUGAAUGGGAGGAAAGAAGAAGAUUACAGGAAAGCAAAUGAGAAAAUCUGUGUAGAAGCAGAGGAGGAUUUAAAACCAAACGGGAGAAAAUGCAAAAAAGUUGCAGGAAACAAAGAAAGUGUUAAAGUAUGUGAUGAUAAAGAAUGGUGCCCACAGAAAGAGCCCUCCAUGGUGAUAGGACCAGUGUUUACAGCUGCCCUGGCCUGCCUAGAGGGGACACUGCAGCGGGGCAAAGGCCGAGAAGUUGCCAUAGUCUAUUUUCAGGGCCUUUGUCACAGCAGGGAUAUCCCAAAGGCCUUCAGAGGUGUCCCUCGGCUCUGCUUACCGCAGGAUUUCUGGGGUUUAAUACAGGAGCUGGGAGAGACAAGAAGACAGACAGAAACUGGUAAAUACAGGUGGCACUGCUGGCCCAGGCUCCUUUCUAAAGGGCUGUCAGCGUGGCUGGCACGGCGGCUGGCUCAGAGGCUGCAAACAGUGAUACCUAAGACGCAAGGAAAUAAAAUGCAAGGCCUGAAGACCUCAUUAUCAAGUAAAAUGACGUCGGACAAGACGGGCAGGCUCAAGUUGCCGCUGGCAUCUAGACCUGGAACUGUACAAGAGCAAGAGCUCCUCUGCGGGUCGCCAUGGACGGCAGAGAAGCCUAAAUCUCAAGUUUCACAUGGCAGACCUGUUCUGCUGGAAACAUGAUCUGCCGGUGUCGCAUUCUGAUCACCUAUGCUCACUUUGUAAGAACUAUUCAUUGCUGGGCAGCAUCAGAUCAAGAAUGCCACCACUUGUUUUGCAUAUGAAGGAGCGGUAAACACUCCGUCCUGCCUCCUGCAUCCAGCCUCUAACAGAAGGUUCUUUAUGUUGUUUUCGUGACUGAAGCCACAGCGAACACCUGCCUUAUCUCUGUAAAUAUGCUAACUACUAUGAAAAUCUUGUUGCAAAUGUUACCCCAGUUGCUUCGUGAAUGUUUGAAAGUGUUGUGAAAGCGCAGGUGACCAGCUGCACUGUUUAGGGAAACUCACAAGUUUCUAUGGGAUUGUCUAGAACAUGCACAUUAAGCCAAAGCAGUUCCAGGAUAUUCAGUAUUAGAGUGCAGAAGGUGGGAAAAAUGAAGUGUGCUUGACUGAGGUUAAUUGUAGCCAUAUGUUCGAAGUUUUUUUGUCAUCUCAGGUCAACUUGCUCAAUAAUAAAGACACAACAUUAAAACCAACUGCCCAGUAUUGUGUAAGUCACACAAACAGCCCUGAUGUGUUGGAGCAUGGACACAAUGGUGACAGCAGAUCUUUUGGGUCCAUGAGUGGUUUGUUCUGUCACAUCCUGCAGAUGUUCAGAGCAGUGCGCUGGUCUCUUUGUGGUGUUCCUCGAGCUGUUUGAGCAAGUUUUGUGAUGUGGUGAGUUGACCGCUGCCAUUUGUUAGUGCCAUUCAUCUGAGGGGUGUGUUUGAAGUAAUGUUUAGGUGGGUGAUGUGUGUCCAAGUAAGAACUACAUGAAUGCCAGGACCCAAGGUUUCAACACUUCACCUGUCAGUGUUUUAAUGUUGUGGCUGAUCUUCGUAUAAUACCCCUUCAUAUUUAAUGUUUCUGCACACACCCUACCUCUUGUAUGUAAGUUUAAAUCAAUCUCGGUUUUGCUGAUCUUGAGGUAUCCUGCCCUUCUUCAUUCUGCAGACUUCACUGUCGGUAAAUGAUCGCAGGAUAAUAAUGAAAAGUAGCUUUAAGGCUUCGCUGCGCGCCCCAACGAGAGAGAAAGAAACAGAAAGCCAGUAUUAUUCAAAUACUUCAACAGCAAAUCUACAAUGCAGUGGUUACUCCAAAAUCUCUUGGUGUUAAAAUAAAAGGACCCUGACUGCGGUACUUUCCCGUGUCUCAUUUUUUAUUUUAACUGCAGGUUCAACGGUAGGCUUUAUGCAAAGCAGCUUGUCAUGAUAGGCAUAGAAUAUAAACACAAAUGAAGAAGAAGAAACAUUUGUUUAGCGUUACUACAAAGGUCAAUUGCGUAAACAAGACAUUUGCUGUUGUUCCAGUAACUUUGACUGAACAACUCUGACAAGACAGUCACUGAUAGACCUGCUUUACAGGAACACAUUUCACUCAUGUAUGAGGAUGUAGCUGUCAGAACGUAAAUUGAAGUUGUAAAUCAAACAAAGAACUCUAUUGUAAAGUCAUAAAAUGAAAAAAAUAAAAAAGAUAAAGCACUCAUGAUAUGCUGUCUGUUAAAUUGUAACUAUAUGUGAAGAUUAAAUAUCCUCGUAAAGCAGGUCAGUUUAGCCACAAUGCUACACUGUACAAAUGAAAGGUUUUUUAAAACGUUUUUUACCUGGAAUCUUUUAAACAAUUUGUUGUUGGUUUUUUUUUCUAUUUUGUUAAAUUGCAAAUGGUGACUAGUUAAAAACUUCCAAAGAGAUUAAAAUACAUGUUAACCAUGAACAUCUGCACCACAAAUCUGAGUUUUUGUGAAUAAUCAUUUGUUCUUUUACAACUUCUGUGAAAUGAAAGUUUUGCUGUAUUUAAAUGAGCAAAUAAUAUUUUGAUUUAUAUUUGGUGUUAUUUGAAAGACAGACUGAAAGAUGUUUUUUAAAAUUUACCAAUUUUGGUAAAAUUACAGGUACUACCUCGUAAAUUCACAAAAAAGUCGUAAUUUCUUCUUUUGCCGUAUGACUGUAACAUUACACUGUUUAACCGAACAAAAAAUCAAAUAAAAAUAUCAUUAUUUUACAGACA